GAUAAUCACAGAAUUCGCCAUGGCCCGCCCUUCACUGAUCCUGCCUGUGCUCGCACUACUGCUCGUCGACGCCUGCUACUCUGCCAGCAUUCCUCGGGGCUUCGACCCUCGCCUGUCAGAGGAGGUAGUGAUGGGGCCAAAGAAAAGGCCGUUCUGCAAUGCGUUCACUGGGUGCGGUCGCAAGAGGUCGCUAGGCUCCCCCGGCAUGCCCGUUCAAGAAUUGAUGAGACAACGACAGUUUGUCGACGACGAGACCCUCCCAAUCCUGGAAUCUGAGAACGGGAUCGACGACCUCUCCCGCCAGAUAGUCUCCGAGGCCAAGCUCUGGGAGGCAAUCCAGGAGGCCAGCGCAGAAAUAGCCAGAAGGAAACAGAAGGAGUUCCAGUAAAGAAGGAAACGUUAGGCGGUUAC